AGUGUGUGUAGCAGGUCAGUGUGUGUAGUACAGCAGCGCAGUGGAGGUGCGCAGAGGACACACCGCACCAGACUGGAACUGAGUCAAGAUCCAGGACACAGGACACAGGACACUGCUCAUUCAUGCAAUAAACAUAAAGCAAAGUGCAUGAAAUAAAAAAAUUAAAAAAGUAAGAAAGGAGGGCUUUGAUCAAGAAGAGGAUGCAGUGUAAAGUUAUACACUGGAGAUGAGCUUAAAAUCUGCAGCUCCUUCAGCAUUUUACUUGAUCAUAUAGCCUAUGGAUUGCUGCUUGAAGCAGCCUGUGUAUUUAAUAGAAAGUGUAAACUGCAGCUGGGAAUGAAACUGCAUCGUGUGAGGUGCGUGCUGCGCAAAUAGCCUUCCACCAAAACUUUUCAGAGCAAAACCAAAAAUACCAACACUGUCGCUCACUAUGUCAGCCAUCAGAAGGAAAUUCGGAGAGGAAUACCAGGUUGUGAACACAACCCGAGGUGCGUCUUUCCCCGCGCCGGCUAAGCGCAAGAGGCAGCGCUUCGUGGAGAAGAACGGGCGCUGCAACGUGCAGCACGGCAACCUGGGCGGCGAGACGAGCCGCUACCUCUCGGACCUGUUCACCACGCUGGUGGACCUGAAGUGGCGCUGGAACCUGCUCAUCUUCCUGCUCACCUACACGGUGGCGUGGCUCGUCAUGGCCUCCAUGUGGUGGCUGAUCGCGUACGCACGUGGAGACCUCGGUCGCGGCCACGACCCCGAGUACACGCCGUGCGUGGCCAACGUGUACAACUUCCCCUCCGCCUUCCUCUUCUUCAUCGAGACCGAGGCCACUAUCGGCUACGGGUACCGCUACAUUACGGAGAAGUGCCCCGAGGGCAUCAUCCUGUUCCUGUUCCAGUCGCUGCUCGGCUCCAUCGUGGACGCCUUCCUCAUCGGCUGCAUGUUCAUCAAGAUGUCGCAGCCGAAGAAGCGCGCCGAGACGCUCAUGUUCAGCCAGGACGCCGUGAUCUCGCAGCGGGACGGCAAACUCUGCCUCAUGUUCCGCGUGGGGAACCUCAGGAACAGCCACAUGGUGUCGGCUCAGAUCAGGUGCAAGCUCAUCAAGUCUCGUCAGACACCUGAGGGGGAGUUUCUGCCCUUGGACCAAAGAGAGCUGGACGUUGGGUUUGGAACGGGCGCCGACCAACUCUUCCUCGUCUCUCCUCUCACCAUCUGCCAUGAGAUUAAUCCCAAGAGCCCAUUCUUCGACCUCUCACAGCGCUCACUCAUGAGUGAGCAGUUUGAGAUUGUUGUUAUCCUUGAAGGGAUAGUGGAAACCACAGGUAUGACGUGCCAGGCUCGGACAUCUUACACAGAGGACGAGGUGUUGUGGGGGCACCGCUUCCUUCCGGUUAUGUCUCUGGAGGAGGGCUUCUUCCGAGUGGACUACUCGCAGUUCCACAGCACCUUUGAGGUUCCCACACCUCCCUACAGUGUAAAGGAACAGGAGGAAUCAUCUUGCCUGCCUUCCCCUGCUCCUCCUCUAACCCCGACUCCGGGAGAUCCGCGAAGCCGCAGAGAGCGCAUCUUCUCUCUUGAUGGUGCCUCCCACACUGAAGGAACGGCCUCUAGGUUGCCCAGCAAGCUCCAGCGUAUGAGCUCCAGAAAUGGUAAAGAGGCUGGGAAAGCCAGCAGUACACAAGCAGCCGAAAAAACAUCCAACACAGGUGACCCCCUACGCUUGUCAACCAGGCUGGAGGAGUCCAACAACCAGAUGAAGGCAGAACCACAUGUCCUGUCAGCAGGAGAGCUGGAGCAUCACAGACUGCCUCUAAUGCCUACUCCAGUGCCAGGGCCCAACCUCAACCAGUUGCCAGCGGCUGGCGGCCGGCCCGAGGACAGCCUGCCCGAGAAGCUACGCAGGAUGAAUGUGGACCGCUGAGCCAUGAGUCAAGAUGCUGUCCACUUUCACCAUGACUCAGACCCAGACUGAUGAACAGGGAGGCUUUGGGAAGGCAAAGCUAGUUCUGAAACACAAAUUCAAUGCAAACUUUAGCUGGACUAUACUGUGAUUUCUUUUAAAUUGUUACACAAAGGAAACAGCCAUGUCUGUCAUUGUCAAAAUAAUUACGUCUUCAUCCGCCAGCAUUCUAUUCAGUUUCAAAUAAGCUUAAUAUAUUUUCAGAAUUAAGACUAAAUGAACACUUUUGUUUUUGUGUAAAAUAUUCAUAUGUAUCAUGGCUACUCUAUUUAUUAAUGUAUGCUUGACUGAUCAGACUGAAUCAUGUUCUUGUUUUAGUUCUGAUUAGGCAUGUGCCGAUAAUCAGUUAUACAAUAUG